AUGCCGUACCGACACAUCCGCUUCACACCCACCUGUAACAACACAUGGUGCGCCGUCAACGAGCUUCGCUUCCGUUACCAGGAGGCGGAGAUUGAUCUAUCCUCAGCGACGACCUACUUUCUCAACGACCUGUCUGAUCCACAGCUCCGCAAUGGAGCAAUCUUGGUGGACUUUACGGCACCGAUCUUCAUUGACGAGUUUUCCUUCUCGAUGCCCUACAACAGUUCAGUGAAUGCCCCGUCCCGGUGGGUUCUGGAAGGCACCAACGACAGGGUGCGGCGGUGCAUCCUCGCUGGCGCACCGGACUAUCAGGCCAUGGGCGAUGGCACCUAUGCACAAAGGAAUGGUGAGACUCUCUACGGCCGCUCUGUGUACAGGGACUCGUCAGGCGGUAUCAUGUACUUUGACGAUGCCAGUGCAAGUUGGUGGGUCAGCCCUGCCAUCCAAGAGGGUGGUUACGGUGCUAUCCGAUGCGUUGGCGCAGCUUCGGAUCCACACCUGCUCACUUCGCCCUGCCUGGCUUGGAAUGGGCAGGUGUGGGAUGUUGCCCCAAAUGUCACCUUCGACUGCUUGGGCAACGAAUGGGUGGUCCUUCACCGCCAGUCGAGGCUCUAUAUCCUACCGGAGGUCAUCACCGCCCCGCUGCUGUGGUUUAGGGUGUCUCGGCGCGCAGUGGAGUGGACACUGCUCAUCGAGAACAUUAGUGGGCACGUUGGGCAGUUGGAGUCGGAUCCGGAAGAUGGAUAUGUCAGUGCUGGCAUUACUGCAGGUGGUGAAAGCCUCUUGCGCACGCUUGGUCGAAUCGGAGGCGACACGACGUCGGGCGACAGAUGUAGCGUCACGCUCCGAGUCAAUGUCAGCUUCGUCGAGGGCUCAGACGGUGGGACAGCCAUCGAUUGUGCAGCCACUGCUUUCGGUAUUGGAGGAUGGUUGUUGCCUGAUCUGCCGGGAAGUGGCAAGCUCUGGCUUACAUGUGCGAACAGCACAGAGCUUCAGGCAAACCCGUGGGUACAGCGGUAUGCAGAAGCAACGGCAGAUGCAAGCUUCUCCUUCUCAUCUGGAGAGUUGCAGAAGUCACCAGAUGCACAUGCCCUGAAGUCACAGAUAGCUCGCAUCCUAGAGAUUGCCGUCAGCCCUACCCUGGUGGUCUCUCUUGCCGGUCCUUUGAAUUACUUCGUGUGUCCUUUGGGGACCAACUGCACCUUCGCACCAGGCCUGCAAGUGAGGAUCAUCAAGGGAGGCAAAACCUGCGGAUGCGCCGAAGAGGUUUUGACCAUCGAGACCCAUGGAUUCUACAAGGCAUGCUAUUGCCUGUCGGAUCUCGUGGACUUGCCGGGUCAGAGCAGUGUUGCUUGUGACACAGACGGCGAUUUCACGUCUUUGGCUGGGAUCGUGCUUGGCAUGGGCCCAGAGCCCGCCAGGCUUGUGGCCUUGUACCUCACCCUCGGCCACUCCUGGCAAGCCGAUGCAACAGGAUUCACGUCACAUGCCCCAAUCUACGAGGAGAUGCUGCAGUAUGCCGCCGGCCUCAAAUUCAGCAGCUUGCAAUUCCCCUCCGUCGUGCAAAUCACCAAUGCAUCCGCCCCUGUAUGUGGCUACAACCUCUAUGCCUGUGACCUCGUUGGAGAAGUCUUCUGUACUUUGGGGGAGGCAUGUUCGGUGCUGCUCAACGGAACCUCACUGCGAAACGAGAAUGGUCUCAAGGUCGGUCGGAUGUCGAGCCCCUGUGCCUCCAGGCUCGAGUAUCCUUCGCUGGCAGCCUUCGAGGGUCUCGUGAACCCGAAAGACGGCUGCAGCCGAUCUGAUGGCCACAAGGCCACCUACCGACCAGUCCAUACCUGGGACCUGGGCCGCCCCACCCGGGGCUCCACAGCCGCCGUGACUCUGCAGGAGCCUGGCCCGGGGGUCUACAAGCUCUGUUGGGGACACGAUCCGCCCAAUCAGACGCUGGAAGAAGAGCAAUACCCUGUGGAAGCGGGCUUCUUCAUGAUGCUGGGCCCCCUUGCCAUGGACUUCGAGUGCUACUUGCAUUUCCCUUGCACGAUCAACAUCAGCGGCAUCGGGCUCAGCCCAACAAACAUGGUGCUUCUCAUUGAGACAGCCACUGGAAGAUGCGGAGAUGUAGGGCUCCCAGCUUUGGACAGCGCCUGGUCCAUCCCGAAUCCCACGGCAGUGAGCCAGGACGACCUGCGCAGCAACAACUUCUACUCCUUCGGAAUUGCCAGAGGGAAGUCGGGAGCAUCGCAUCGCAUAUGCUGGGCGCACAAUCCAGUCGCAGAGGCUUCCGGCACGAUCUAUCCGCUCACAGAUUCAGCAUUGUAUCGAGUAGAAAUUGAUCCAGACUUUUUCUGGAUUCGACUGACUGCCAUUGUGGACUGCGUCUUGGGAAGGCUGUGUACAGUAACCAUCAUUGGCUCCGGCAUCGUGCCUUCUAGCGGCGUGCUGCUGGUCACCAACCCGAGUCGUUGUGGGGAUGCCUCGGCAGAGGUAGUAGACAUUAGUGAGCUAACAAACCCGGCCGGAGUGCAACCUAUUGGAGGAGCCAGCAGCGCACAGGGACUCUACAUACUGGGAUAUGCAAGCUCGAUGGCGCCGCCAUUUGGAUUCAGGGUAUGCUGGGGGCCGAAUCCAGCCAAUGCGUCUGGAACCGAGUUCCCCUACGAGGUCGACUAUCCCAUGUACUGGCAGCCGACUCCAUUCUUUGAGCAUCGUGUCGGAAGUGUUGGCUUGGUGCGCUUUGACAGUGAGGAGACCAGCCACAAGCUGCUGGCUCUAUUCUCUGACCCGUCAGAUACACCUGCUACAAGCAAUCGUUUGACAGGGUCGCUGAUGGAGUGGCAGGACUACGAUUGCUGCCAGAUGGCCGGGCACGCUGCCGGUGCAGUACUCCAAGUCGAUGGAUCCGACCGAGCCCUUCCUUUCGGAAGCUACGUCUUCCAUGAGCGGCCUUCCGACGAUCUUACAGCGGUGGCGCUCACAACACGUGAGCCCCUGGCACAAGGCCUCUACGACUGCGUUGGGGCCUGCGACUUCACGUCGAAGCACACGGACUACGUGCUGCUUGCAGGAUUCCGGGAUCUCUCCAGCCCGGAGAAGCACCCUGGGAACCUGAUGCUGCUCAAGGCUCAGCCGACUGGGCCCCAAGCUGCGCCGACAUGGCAAGCGCGGCGAGCUGCUCAGCACUUUGGGCAGAUGCCCCCGCAGAGUUUGGCAGACUGGGAGGAUGGCUUCCGCCCCUGCGUGACUGUGGACCCGCUGGCUGCCUGCGCAUAUGCCAGUCGCGCAACGGUGCAGUCCUUGAAGGUGGCAAGACUCUCUGCCACCCGCUUGCUGGCUGCCUUCGUAAAUGGCCCUUCACAGCACGGCACCGUUGCAGUCGUCUCUGUGUCGCACCACCUUCCGGACCAUUGGAGCAUCACGCUGGGACUCAAACAGGUGGUGAAUUCAAAUGCGACGAGCCACGUGGCUGUUGCGGCCCUCUCCGACUCGGCGGCCGUGGUCUUCUACGACGAUGAGGCGACAGCAACCGUGCAGGCCAGGGCCGUCCAGGUGGAUGCGCAGGAUGAGGCCGUCGUCGGAGAUGUAGAGUACAUCGGUGCUGGGAGUCUGACUGGGAGCAAUCUCUCGCAUGCUACAGAUGAGGGCAACGAAACCAAUAGCUCCUACAGGGCUACUUACCGGCGGAUGUCUGCGUGCGGAUUGACCGACUCCACGGCACUGGUGGUUUUUGCUCCGGUCCAUGGCGCCAAAGGACAGGUGGUCCUCGUGAGGCUCCAGAGUGCAGGUGAGGCCAUGCGCGUGGCCGAGUUGCCUCUCAGAGAUUCUAUGGAUGACGUGAGCCUCGUGCGUCUUUCCGCGGACAAGGCCAUGGUCGUCUAUCGGGACGAAGCAGACGGCGGGGUCGCGAAGGCGCAGGAGGUCAGCGUAUUUGAGAAUUUCAACGGCAGGCCCUUCGCCUUGGGGCUUGGUUCCACAUCUACCUUCACGCAUUUUCCAGUCGAGGGACUGGUGGCCGUGGAUCUCAACGCAACAGGAUGGAUCUGGACAUGGGAUGACUUCAGUAAUCGGCGCCAGCUUCAACAGACAUUGACGCCAUCGCGGUGCCGACUCGGACUCUUCAACUCCGAGUUCCAGGACGUGGCGGCCGCGCGCAGGGGAGCGCCCUCCGCAAGGGCGGAAAUGGCAUAUCGGAGGCCAUUUUCAUCUUUGCACCGUGUCCGAACUUCAGAAGCCCCCUCAAGCUUCCACGGAUCUUGGCCGAUCUGCAACGAGCUGGACGCAACUGCACGCAUCCCUUCCGUGGCCUGCGUGGCAGAAGCAGCACGCGGCCACGGAGGUGCAGAUGCUCUACUGAGUCAUACCGGAUCCUCUUCUCCUGACGCUGCACGUGGCGUGGCAAUUGCAAGUUCUUCCGAUGGAUUGCCGGAGAAAGACAAGGCAGACCUAGAAGAUAUUGGGGGCCAUGCCGCGACAACCCCUGCAGCCGGCUCCAUUAAGCCGGGAGCGGGAGGAAGCGUCGUGAGGACGACGAGCAGCCCGUCCGGCUCAGCAAAUCCUGCGGCUGUGCCAGGGACUGGGAUGGGUUCCCUUCCCAUGGAUCCGGGACAAUACUUCUCAACUGGACCGGCUCUCACUUCAGCUCCGGUGCAGUACUUGAGUGCCCAAUCACCUUACACCAUGCAGCCCCAGCCAGCCCAGCCAGCCCAGCCGAUGUUCAUGAAUGAUUUCAUGGCUCCAUUCGCAGCUACUGCGAUGGCACCUAUGCAGGGAGUUGCCUCAGCAAGUCAGACCACGGGGCAAUCACCAAAUGGUGUCGCAUAUCCAGGCCUGGCCCCAACAUCCGCGAUUUCCUAUGCUUCGCCUAUGUUGGCUAUGCCAGGAGAGCAGCCGCAGCCAAUGCAAUACUUGAGUGUGCAGCAGCCAGUUUCGGCAGUGGCCCCGCAGCCAGUGAGCUACACGCCUUACUCGCUGCCCAUGACAACUGCCACUGGACCUGAGGGUGCAGAGCAAGUGAUUUCAGGACAGCCGCAGCCAGUGCAAUACUUGAGUGCGCCACAGGCAAUUUCUGCAGCUGCCCCGCAGCCAGUGAGCUACUCGCCUUAUUCGCUGCCCAUGGCAGCUGCAACUGGACCUGAGGGUGCAGAGCAAGUGAUUUCGGGACAGCCGCAGCCAGUGAGUGCCUUGAAUGCUCCAUUGGGUGGCCUGUCGGGCAGCCCGUUCGGCGCGAUGCAGGCACAACCUAUGGUCGACUAUGCCCCUCCUACGGUUCCUGCCACGAUUUCUGCCUACUCGACGGCACAGCCGCUGGCACCUUACCAGGCAGGUGUUCAGUCCUACACGACUGCACCUGUUUCCUACUCGACCUACAUGCCUCCGAGCACAACAUACCCUCCGCCGGCCACGACAUACCCGGCGGUUACAUACUCUGAGGCCCCACCGGCAGAGCAACCACAGGUUGUGCCAGCCACCACAACAGCCGCGCCCGUGUACCAGAACCUUCCAAGCACUACAAGUGCCAGUGCCCCGCAGCCAGUGCAGGCCAUGCAACCCGCCCAAGCCGUGUCAGCCAUGUCUGCGCUGACACCGCAGGUUGUGAACUAUUCCAAUUACAUGCCAGAGCAGCCCGAGCAGGUACGGUACAUCCCUGCGGCGCAGCCCUUUUCGGCAGCUGCGCAACCGCUCGGGAAUGAUAUGGUGGCCCCAACUGCAGCGACGUCUUUUUCGCCUGCCCAGCAGUGGCCACUGGCUCAGCCACAGCAGCCGAGUUUCACUCCGCCGCUCAUGGCUCCAUCCCAACCAUAUUCCUAUGGGCAGCAGCUGAGCUUCAUGCCGCCGCUUCAAGCUCCGUUCCAGUUUGGGGACGGUGCUGGCCUACCACCUGCGGGCGUACCGCCAGCGGGCGCACCGCCAGCGGGCGCACCGCCAGCGGGGGCUCCGCCAGCCGGAGCAGUGUACGCAGCGCCGGCAGCCACCCCAGCAGCAUCCUUCAUGCCACCGCCAGAAGUCCCCGCAGCCCAGCCCCAACAAGUGCCAGUCUAUGCUGCACCCAUGAAGUCAUCACCGGCUCCGGCACCGGCUGCAGCUGCAGCGCCUGUACCCACACCUGGCCAGCCAGGGAUGGUUUAUGCUGCUCCGGCACAGGAACUGAGCAAUCCAGGCCCGAUGGCGGCGCCUUCGCCAUUCCCGCCGGCUGCACCCUUGUCAUUCACGCCACCGGCAGCAUAUGCACCGGCUCCAGGAAAGCAGUACUCAUACACUCCUCCAGCCAAGCCGUACUCAUACACUCCUGCCGUGCAGUAUGCUAGCUCAGCACCGUACGUGUCUCCCUCCGUGCCCGGCAUGCAGCCGCUGCCGGGCUCAGGCAGCUCAGGGAGAGCGGCAAUUUCGGCCGCAGCUGCCAUACUGCUGGUGCAAGGCAGAAGGGGCCGUGGCUACUCUGGUGCGACCAGAACCAGGGCCGCGACCCCUGGCCAAGUGGAGGUUCCCCCAUCUACAGGGCUGGGCGUUCCUGAAGAACUGCAGGACAUCAGCAUCGCCGGUAGAGACGUGGACACGCCGCAUUGGUCUGAGAAGCCAUUGGAGGAUGCCCAAGGCGGCCUGACCUUGGAGCAGUUGGACUGGCCGAACGUGCAUGGGCUGGCGUGCGCUUCUUCUGGACUCCUUUUCCUCUUUGAGUUAGUGAGGUUCUGCGCAGGUCAGCCACCCUCAGACUUCGAGUGCUACGCCGCAGCUGUGAUUUAUGCCGUGAUCUAUGCUUCAAGGUUCGAUGGCAUCCGCACUCUUGCCCCGCACUUUCGAGUCACCUUCUAUGCUACGACUGGUUGGACGGUCUACUACAUUGCUCACCUGCUGGCCGCGACAAACCCUGUUAUCUUCGGCCACUGGGUCUAUCCUGCUGGAAUUGUGUUCUUGGCCAGCAGCAUCUACUUCUACAAGCACUGGAUUGAGAGAAUGUACCGGCACUAUGUCGAGGAUAGAUUCCGACCAUACUACGUUCCGGGCCUUGUUGGCCUCAUGUACUUUCACUGGUUGGAUACAGUUGACAUGCUGAACCAGUGGCUGGACCCACAGUACUGGGAGCACGUCGUGGUUGACCUGCCAGACCAGGCAUGGACUAUUGCAGACGUCCGCCUCACAGGACUCUUCAUGGCUCCGAAGGCUCAGGCUCACUUCGUGGGCCCAUCCGAGGGCUACCCGUUGGCGCGCUGCCUGGACGGGAGCUCCGGGCUCUACUACUUCAGCGAGGGCUGGGGCAGCGGUGUCUCGAAGUUCCAGGUCUUCCAUGAGGGCGGCGGCUUCUGCGCUUCAGAUGCCGACUGCCUGAAGCGGUCUCGCUCUUCACUGGGCAGCACGGCCAAGGACUCUUCCACGAUGGACUUCGGAUCCCUGAAUAACCUGAAGCUGUCUCGGUCACAGGAUGAGAACCCCUUGAUGUACAACUGGAACCAUGUCUAUCUUAGGUACUGUGACGGUGGCUAUUUCUCUGGUGAAGCAGCAGAGCCUGUCAAGGUGGAUGACUCUGUUAUUUACUUCCGAGGAAAACACAUCACGCAGGCCGUCUUCCAAGAUCUCACAAAAUUCGGACUUUCCAACGCAACGGACGUCGUCAUCAGCGGCUGCAGCGCGGGCGCCAUCCGUGUGUUUGCACAUCUCGAUGAAUUGAAAGACCUUGUCAGUGGCUUUAGCCCAAGCGCCAGAGUCGUUGGACUGCCUGAUUCUGGUUUCUACAUGGAUCUGGACAUUUUCACGCCGCUGAAGAGAUAUGUGGUGAAGAGGCAAGCAGCGACAAGCUUGCUGAAUGCCGGCUGUGCCUCUGAGCAUCGCGACCACCUGGAGAAGUGUUUGAUAGGAAGUGUUGUGGCCGCCUUCCUGAAGACUCCUUUUUUUGUAUUCCAAAGCCGCUUCGAUCUUGACCAACAGAGCUGCGAGAUGGGUUCUGCCUGUCGCGCCUCCAAAGGUUGUAUCAUGGACUAUGCAGCGAAUCUCUCUGAAACGCUGCAUCAGGUGGUGACGCAUCCGCAGCGAGGUGUCUUCCUCGAUAGCUGCCCGCGGCAUUGCUCCUAUGGUAAGCGGCCACUGGACGACAAGUCGGGCCUCUCACAGUUGCAAGCAUUUUCCGCCUGGUACGCGGGCGGCGAGAGCAAGUAUGGGCAGGGAGUUGUGUACAAAUGCGACAAGCAGUAUGUCAAACAUCAAGCUGAAGCCAGUGGCAUGAGCUGGGAAGGAGCGACUCAGUCGAGCACGGCGCUCUUCAUGAUCACUCUGCACAACAAGGGUGUGCUGACCGGAGGGAAGAACACCCUCAUCACUGUACUUUUUACCAUCUUCGUGCCGGCUCUGUUUCUUACUGGUACGCAUGCCACCCUUCAGGUGAGCUCUUUUGAAGUAUCUCCUGCGCUACCUGAGGGCCUGGAGCUCGAUGCAUCUACUGGGAUAAUUUCUGGUGCCUUGCCGAACAAGCUGCUCGACGAGGCCACUUACACCGUCGUUGCCAAGAACGAAGCAGGUGAGGCUCAGGCUGAGUUAUGCUUCGCAGUCAAGGAGACGCCCCCUGUGACGUUCUCGUAUCCAACUGCCCUAGCUGUGCUUGAUGUUGGUCAAGCGGUCAGCUGGGCCCCGACGAUCGAAGGUGGUGACGCAACCAAAUGGUCGGUGUCGCCUGAUCUGCCCCCUGGGCUGGUGCUGGGCGCCGACACGGGCGCCAUUACGGGAGCUCCGACUCAGGCAGCGGAGCCGGCAGCGUACACAUUUUGCGCCGCAAAUUCCGGGGGAGAGGUAACUACUACCCUUCAGCUGGAGGUGAAAGGUGUUGGACCAAAGCCGCCCAACUAUGGUUUGGAGGAGGGUGGAGCUGUGCUCUUCGUCGGGGAGGCAGUCGACUUGUCGCCGCAGGCGGCCGGAGAUGCAACUUUCAGUGUCAGCCCUGAUCUUCCUGACGGCCUCAGAUUCGACGAGGCCACUGGCCGGGUCACGGGAACCCCGCUGAGCCCGCUGCCGACCACUGACUUUCAGGUGACUGCCACGACGGGUUCGGGCAGCGCAGACUCGCAGCUCACUUUGACGAUCCGGCCUGAGAAGCCUCAUGACCUCAGGUAUCCGGAGAUUUCUGGGGCCUACAGUCUGGGCCAGGAGGUCAAGCUGGAAGCAGAGGCGCCUUGUGGCCCUGAUGACCUGCAAUAUGGCUUGCUGGAUCUUCGGCGGAAGGCGAUGAUCGCCGAGGGCAAGCCGAUUGACCAUGCAGGCAGCAUCAUCGUGCACCGAGCUGAUGGCUUCGACCUGGACAAGACGAUCUUCAAGAGUGUCGACAAGAAGUUGCCACGAAUGAUGGCCCAGGAGCGACUUUCAGUGGAAGUGUACUGGUCGGAUCGAUCUACCACCCAGAUUUCCGAGUCUUUCAACAAGGUGCCUGCAGCGCCUCGUUUCGAUGCGCCCAUCCUCGAGUUUAUGCAGACCGAGUGCAACUUCUGCAUGGAGCAUGCCGAUGGCAGCUUCAUGGAUCACCUCAGGUUUUGCUUCGAGUACAGCAUGGCGCACUUCAAGGGGCACUCGCCGCGGGUGAUGUUCCUGCACAGCAUACUGGGUGUGGGGACAAACUACUUUCCCAUGGAGAAGGAGAAGAUACCAAAGCUUCGAGAGCUGGUGAAUGAGGUGGAGAUGAAGCAGAUCGAGGCUUUCCCAAGCAUCCUCCGACUUCUUUACCACGGGCAGUUGAUGGACGAGCUCUUGGCCGACGCUGAAACCUUGCCGAAGACUCUUCAGUCCAUCUCCUUCCACCGCGUCAUCGACAACGAGGAGCUAGUGCUGACUGCUGAAGAGUUCUGGGUCGCCUUGAACUAUCAGCUUAUGCAUCAGCUGGACUUUCUGCCUGUG